AUGGUCGAUGAUGAUGGAAUUUUCAAAGAGGUUGAUGAAAGAAUUCACAGAAACGGGAUUCUGGGCGCCGUCCGGACUUUAUCUUUAUCAACACGCCGAAAUCCCAUCAGAUCUGAUAUAAGCACUUGGGGCUUCUCAUUUCCUGCCAGGGUGGGAACCUCGAACCCGGGAAACCAACGUGUCUCCUGCAUCGCGCAUUCGGAUCUUACCCAGUUGAACCUCAAUAGUCGAUUCGACCUUAAAAGGCCAAUGAGUCAAAGUUCCCCGUAUAAUGGUGCUGCCGAACUCCUUUGUACCUUUGACAGCUACCUAGCCAAACUCUACCAAGCCGUCAGCACUAGAUUCAAGGUCCCCUUGAGAGCGAUCCCAGACUUGCCGGAAAGGUGGGGAGGUACUUCAAGCUUGCACUUAUCUUUACGACACCUUCUGAUAUGGGUCGACGGCCCGAAGAUGCGAGAACGAGCAAGUAUUGGCAUGAGCUUAAGGCGUGUGAGAAAGGCGCAAUCUGAAAAGCAGGUGACACCGACAAAGAAAAGGGUCGAGAUGCAGCGAGAAAGAAUCUACAGUCGAUAUGACAGACGCCGCAAGACAUACCUAGCCAUUCGGCCAGAUCCGAUCAGAGAGACGUGCAACAUGAGCCCUUGCCAAGAUCCCACCCACCCGGUAGUCUCAUCUCACCUUCUCUUGAAGAUUCAUCAGCAGCGCCAGAAUCGCACCAGGGGCGAGGGCACAGUUCACCACUUCACGUUGGACACCACAAAGGCACAAAAGUUUGAACGCAAGAGAAAACGCAGCUGGUUGGUGAUAUGUGCCACAACCCGCCCAUCUACAAAAGCCUCACCCCUUCCACCCCGCCGUAUUCACAGCCCCUGA